CCACUACAACAUGCGCCCCCUCGUCUCGCCCACACACAGCGCCAACACCAAUGGAUCAUGAGGAAUCGCAGUCGGAUAGCUCGCGACCAGCCAAGAGGGCCCGCACCCUAGCUUGCAAAAGAUGCCGCCACCGAAAGCAGAAGUGCGAUGAGAGCCGGCCAUGUAGGAACUGCAGGAAGUCUGGAGAAGAGUGCGUCGCCACCGAGCCCGCCCCCAGAGGCCAUGCUGAAGGCGAGUAUAUUCGAGCCUUGGAGGAGCGCAUUGCGGAGCUGGAAGCUCUGGAUCCGCAGCAGAGUCUUGAUCAUAUUCAGAGACGGUCAUCCCUUUUGAACAAUGCAAGAGCACAACUGGCCGACCACCAGAGCCGGCCUUCAGCUAGCACCUUGGAACGGCCAGAGUCGAAUGGCAUAGCUGGUCCAGCGCCAUCAGAGGUCGUCUCCGAAUCGCCAGGCGACUUCCACGCUGCUGUUUCCCCAGCCUCGACCGCCCGGAGUGCUGCGAAUACCCGGGUAUCGAACAUGUCUAAUGAAGCCCAAUUGCGGCAUGUUUCGAACCUCGGUCUUGACGAUGAUUCCGAUCUGGACCACCUUAUUCUAGGACUCGUCACAUCACCUGCUGCUCUAGUGGCUCAGCUCCCAUUAGAGGUAGAGGAGCUUUUGCUAGAUGCGUACCACGAGCGAGCUCAAGCACAGUAUCCCUUUUUCCACUGGGACACGUUCCUCUUUUGGCAUUCUACUUGGAAGACAUGUCCACCCAGCGAUUAUGGGCGUCAAGCAUGGAAAGGUUUCUUCGUCAAUAUGGUAUACGCAACUGCCCUACUUCUGAUACCUCGGGUGGGAAAAUUCGACUCUCAGAUCUUCUACCGACAAGGCGUCACUCUCCUGCCUUCCGUACUUAGACAAGGCGAUCAUAUCUUGCAGAUUCAAGCAUACCUGGUCAUGGCCAUGCAUGCAUUGCACAGAAGCUCUACGGAUCGUAUUAUGUCUCUUUCCUCAACCGUAAUCCGUUAUUGCGUACAAGCGCAGUUUCAUCUCGCGGAAAUGGAGCCAGAACCGAUCAACGCGACUAUCCACCUAGAGAACCAGCUGCGGCGGCGGACCUUUUGGUGCGCUUACAAGCUCGAUCGGUUGGCCGCGUUUUCUUUUGACCUUCCCCCUUCAAUCCCCGACAGCACAAUCACAACAAAGGUCUAUGCGAACGUAGAGGACUCGGAUCUUCUGCAGCUUGCAGCUGCCACACCCGUAGACGUAGAUAUACCGGAUAGCCUAGGAUAUACCUGUGUCUCGCCAUCUCUGCACAUCAUUCAAUGCAGGCGAAUCCAGUCAGAGAUACUGGGCUUCACCCUCCACUGGAACUAUGCCACGCAAUUCGAGUCCUCCCCGGAAUGGCGGAUACGGAUCCUUACUGAACUUAACAAUUGGAAGUCUCAAGUCCAGACUUUCUCAGAUUCCAGAUCCAAAGGAUACACCAGUCAGAGGUGGCUUGCCAUGAUCUAUCACUAUACACUGGUCAUGCUUUAUCGACCCACCAAGCAAAAUGUGAUUGGUCCGGCGGGGGACUUUGCGGUACAGGCUUCUAGUCAAGCUUGCCUCAUGUUCCGAAAAACGCAAAUGGACCGGCAGAUUGCUCAACCUUGGCUUGGACUACUCGUGCAAUUUCAAGCGGGCAUAACUCUUUUGUACUGCUUUUGGGCAACCCCACCUCAGUAUCGGACGGAGAAUUAUGAUUCCCCCGAUGUAUCUGAUGCACUACGAGCGUGUUCCAACAUUCUCGCAAUCAUGGCCGAUCGCUGGCCGAAGGCAGACUGUCUGCGAGAUGUCUUUGAACUGCUAGCACGAGAAAUACCUCUCGUCGAUCGCCCUAGCAGACCACCAGUGCGGAUAUCGGACAAAUCAGCCACAAAGCUGCGGCAAGCUCUUCCCGAUGUACGCCGUCUCAUUGUGCAUCGGAUUGUCAUGCGAAUGAUUGAGGAAAUGAUCGAGGACGACUUUCCACGACCAAAAAGCACCCCGCUCCAAACUGUAUCCUCCAUACCUGGGCCCCGAGAGUCAGCCAUGAGGGAAAGUAUCAUGCCGACGCCUCAGUUGAGCCGUCCGCCGCCGUCUCCGCCACCUACGCAUAUGACGUUCGAAAUGCCGUUCUCGGCGCCGCAGUUCUACAGUAUUGAUGGGGCCAAUGCCUUCGAUGCCGAGAUGCCUUCGUUUCCAGGCAUCUUUGAUUACGAUUCAUGGACUUGAGCAAUCCCCAAAAAUAUAGGCUUAAACUACGCAAAAAAGUUUACAUCUGGCUACUCUAAGUGUCCUUCUUAUCCCCAUCGCCCUUGAGACGCAGUCG